AUGUCUUACGCAGAGAUGGCUGCCAAGGGCCCCAAGCAGAGCCCCGAGGAGAUAGGCGUCGAGCACGCUUCCGAUGAUAGCGUUCAAUCCCUUGUCGACGUAGACAGCCCGCACAUCUCAUCCGUCCCCUCCGACUACGAGUCGCAAGAAAUCAAGACCGACACUCAAGCCGAGCGCAUCGAGCGCGAAGAGGAAAUCAAGGAAGAAGCCAAGAACAUCAAGGACCGAGCUGCUGCAAAGAAGGAUGCUGCGAAGGAGAAGGUGAAGAAGAACGCUGACAACCCAGUCGUGCUGAGCAACGCGGUCGGUCUUGCCGUUAUUGGUGGCAUCGUUGGAUUUGGCGCAUACAGGCAGUAUGCCCGCGGCGAGUUGACCGGCAAGGUCGUUGCAGCCUGGGCUGCUGUCAUUGGACUGUUUGGCGUUGGUGACUACUACGUCAGCCAGUACUUCUUCAAGCGCAACCCCCCGAAAUAG